AUGGUGGAUGGUUUGUGCGAACAGUUCAAAAUCAAGCAUCGAAACUCCUCUAUUUAUAGACCACAGAUGAAUGGAGCAGUAGAGGCUGCAAAUAAGAACUUGAAGAAAAUAAUCCGUAAGAUGAUUGAGAGACACCGUGAUUGGCACGAGAAGCUCCCUUAUGCAUUAAUGGCAUAUAGAACUGCUAUUCGGACUUCUACUGGGGCAACUCCCUACAAUCUCAUGUACGGAAUGGAAGCAAUUUUGCCAGCCGAAGUCGAAAUCCCUUCGUUGCGCAUUUUAAUGGAGGCCAAACUGGAGGAGGCUGAGUGGAUUCAACAACGUCAUGAGCAGUUGUCUUUAAUCAAUGAGAAAAGGUUAAAUGCCAUUUGUCAUGGUCAGUGUUAUCAAAAGAGGGUAGCCCGUGCUUACAAUAAGCGGGUUAGACCACGAAUAUUCACAGAAGGAGAUAAAGUGUUGAAACACAUUUUGCCAGUACAAGAGGAAGCUAAAGGGAAAUUUGCACCAAAUUGGCAAGGCCCUUUUAUUGUCCAGAAAGUUUUGCCCGGAGGAGCGCUCAUUCUUGCAGAAAUGGAUGGGCAAGUGUUCCCUCAACCAAUCAAUUCAGAUAUGUGUAAGAAAUUUUUCAUAUGA